GCCUUCAUCAUCGCAAGCGCCAUGGGCCAGGGAAAGCCCAAGUGGCAGCUAUAUCUAGAGAACGAGAAGCAAGAGUUAGAGCAAGAAUGGGGAGAGGACAUCACUGAGGACUUCUUCCCCAUCAUUACUCCACUCCUCCUCGACGAUGGUGACCCCGUCGCUGCUUCCCAAAAAGCCGCACGCGAGUUCAUCGAUCUUCUUGUUAAAAAAUGGCUACCAAAGGAUACCGCGCGUCGCACAUAUGAUGAGCCAGAUGACACUCCUCCACUUUACACUGAGGAGCAGUCUCUCAACAUAAAUUUCCAGAGCUUGGGGAAUUUCAUCUACGGCCUCAUCCCUGAGCUGCCCUAUCCAGGCAUUGAGCACGAUAAAAUCCUCAACUUCCUUCUACACAUCAACGAACUUUGGAACCAAGCACACUUUGAUUCACAGAAAAAUUCUACUAUUAAGUCAUUCCAGUACGGUCUUGAGUGCGAUGCAUCUGAAUGGGCCGGUGCAAUCCACGGGGUGAUGCGCGUGAAGAUGUUGAAGUUGAUUUCGUAUGACUUAUACGUGCUUCUCGGGGAGCUAGACAAGAGGAAGCCACCUCCUUCCGAGUUGUAUCUACAAGUCCAUAGCAGCAUUUGGGCCGAUUACAUCCUGAUAGCAGGGCUGGAGCUGGCGAAGGAGAUAAGAAACCCCUGCGGAGAAUUGAAGUUUCCCUUGACCAAAGCGGAGUGGAAAGUUGGUGCCGGACACCUCGCAAAGGUCGCUGAGAAAGUUUCAGAGGAUACGCCAUGGGACCUGAAGCGGUGUGCCCAAAAGGCAUACCAGCAAAUGCGGGAGCUUAUCCCCGAAGCAUUUGUUGAGGAGGUGUAG